AUGGCAGACGCCAUAUCCCCAGCGCAGCCUUCAGGCUGGCGGAUCCCCAAGGCGUGCCAAGAGUGCAGGAAGAGGAAGAUCAAAUGCAAUGGUGUCAAUCCGUGCAAAACCUGCGAACUGCGCCAUACGCCAUGUAUCUAUCGCGAAGUUAUUCGACAGCGCAAGAAAAAGCACCAAUAUACAGAGGCUCCCGCGAAUGAUGAGUACAUCUCGAAUGGGGCCACGCGGGCCGACUACGGCGCACGGCAGCAGUCUCCUGGGGUGAUGCAGCCAGCCCGACGGAGAAAUCCCUCCGUCAGUUUGACCUUCAACAACAGCGUUUCCGCCACGCAUAUGGCAUCGCCAUCGUGCAAAGUCCAAUUAUACUAUGGCUCGACUUCUCACUUUGCACUCAUGCACGAAAUUUACCGCGGCUUGGUUUCCGGCAACCAGUCUGCGGAGACGGAGGAGCCACAGGGCGAAGUUGAAGAAGCCGGAGCUGGCUUGGACAUGUUUAGUUUCCGUCGGAUUUUCUUCGGAACUCAGGCUGAUUCGCAUGAUUCGAACAAGGCCCUAAAUGGGCCCGAUGCGAAUGUGCUCUUUCUACCCUACGACUUGGCUAAAGUAUUUCUGGAACGCUUUUUGGCAACGUUGUAUAACCUCGUGCCGUUUUGGUCUAAGGAAGUCUUCUAUCAACAACUCGAUCAUUUGUAUCGUCCAACACCAGAUUCGCGCUCAGAUAAAUGGGCGCGAUCACUACUUUUGCUGGGGCUAGCCACCGGCUCGCUAGGAACGCAGCACCAUAGCUGGGGAGAUAUCCUAUACGAGCGUGUAAAGGCGUCUAUCUCUUCUCUUGACGACGUGGUGAACCUUCAGACUGUACAACUGUCACUGUUCAUGGCCCAUUUCCAGAAUGAGCAAGGAAGGCCCAACUCCGCAUUUCUCCUAAUGGGCGCAGCUGCCCGAAAGGCCAUAUCUGCCGGUUUGCACAAAGAAGCUCCCGCCGAGAGUGACGAUGCUGCUGAUAGUGUCGAGGAACGACGAUGCACGUUCUGGUCAUUGUACUUCUACGAAGUCUGGACUUGUUUCCAUCUUGGACGACCGAGAUCCCUAUCCGCAAAAGAUAUCGGAAUUGCACUACCAAAGGACCCCUUCUUGCAGGUGCUAGUCCACCUAUCGAAAAUAUUCUCCCGAUCAGCCGAUGAGAUGUAUGGCCGACGGCAUGAAUCAUUACUGCAGAUGUGGAAGAUUGCUAAAUCAAUAACCGAUGACAUGCGAUGUUACGACUCGAAAAUGCAACACGCACUAGGGUUUGGGCUUGAUAAGCCGGUUCAGCCGGGGACCUUGGGUGUACGGCAGACUAUUCUAAUAACUCUCUAUUAUCAUACCAUUCUAUUGACCUUUCGACCAUUCUUGAUCUUUCGAGGUCGGUGGCAGCACCAAAUGAAGAUAUCCUCGCAACAGCCAGGGAACAGCACGGCCAAGGGACCAACAGAAAUCCCCACAUGGCUGAAUGAAGCCUGUAAUCAAGCUCUCAGUGCCGCUUGCAGGACUAUCCAUCAUUUAUACGAAGCUUCCAUAUACAAUGAACUGGUUCGGGAACUCCGCUACCACGGAUAUUUUCUGGGCAGCUCUAGCUUCGCCCUAAUUUAUGAUCUAAUGCAUGGAGAAAAUUUGGCAUCCACCCACCUUCCUUGGAUACACGCCGCCUUGCAAGGUCUUUCAUCGAUGCGACAUGGCGAACCGAUUACCAGCUCCAUGUCUGCUAUACAAACCGUCCUGAGAAAACUUAACCCAUCGUAUGAAUGGUCGCCAGGUGCAAUGCUAAAAGGGAAUUCCUAUAACAUUGACCAAGCUAGUGCCGUGCGACGCUACCCCAGCAGCGUCGCUCAUCAACCCCAAGGUCCAAUUCCCGACACUCUGCAGUCAGACCUAGCCGGGGGAGGUCUUUCUAUGCUAUCUGAUUUUCAAGGUAACUCCUUGCAGGAUGGUCUACGCAUGCCAAGUGGUAGCCUGGGUAGUGGAGAGGAUCUGCUCGACUUUACCCAGUCCGACAUGGGUUGGGACUUUGACUUCUCAACAAUGGACCUUGAGGCUUUCUUUUCUAUCAAUCCGACUCUAGACCCUCCGUUGUUCUAG